AUGCAGGACAAGCUGUCGUAUUUCCCCAUUCGGCCGCUUGGAUCGGCCCAGCACGCUGCCUGGCCUAUGCCGCUGCAGGCUUUCUGUUCGGUGGUGUGGGUUGGGGAUGCCAUCGAGAUCUACCUGCCUGCCCGCCUGUCAUCUUGCCUGACGCCUGGCACCGUGGUGGCAACCGGGAGUUGGGCCAAGGAGGAUGUGCCCUUUGACAAUGGAGCGCCCAAUGUUGACAUUAACCGUUCCCUUUGGCUCUAG